AUGGUGGACAGGUUGAGCGAUCUUCCAGAUCCUCUUGUUGCUACCAUAGUCGGCAAGUUACCCUUCAAAGAAGGUGCAAGAAUGAACCUCCUUGGUAAGAGAUACAGAAGGAUCUGGCCCUGCUCCCUGAACAUCGUGCUCGACGAGGCCGACUUCACCCUCGACAGUAAGGUCCUCUACCUGCGACUCAAUGCCCGGAACUCCCUUGCCAACGGAAUCAAGAGAACUGGCCGUGUGGCCUUCGUAAACCACGUCCGCCGCUUCAUUGCCCGAUGCCAAGAGCCAAAGAUCAACACCUCCGCCUCCACUUCUCUUACCCUCAGGAAGUACUUGAUGUUCAACUGUCGAUGUCUCGAGGAACUCAAGCUAGCGAGCUCAUCCUUCGUUGGUGAUAUAAGGAUCUUGGAGUACAAGAAUCGGCUGCUCACACACUUGACCAUCAAGAAUUGCUAUUGCUGCAUGGAGGUCAUGGUGGAAGCGCCAAAACUUAAACGAUUCGAGUAUUCCGGAGCAUUGAAAGAAUUUGAGCUUGGAGAGCUUGCGAAUUUGGAGGAAGUGGAGCUUAACUUCGGUGUAGAAUGGGUAUUUUUACCCGAUGGUGAUGUUAUAUGCAAUGAAAUUUUGCGUCGGGUGGCCAGUGCAAGGACCUUGGCCGUGUGCAGUUUUACACUUCAGGUUAUAGACACUGGAACCAAUCCUUUACAUUUAGAAGAGCCGAUCGAUAGACUUGAGCAUCUGAAAAUGAAGAAGAUAGCGAUGCAUCGUCAUGAGCUACGAGGAAUUGCUUUUUUGCUGAGAAGUUGCUCAGAACUGGAAAACCUAACAAUUGAAAUGGGAAAUUUGCACGUCCUUGAGUACGCUGAUUAUGCGGAUGAGAAAUUUCUAGAGGAGCUAGAAUUUUGGGAAUCUGUACGAGUACAGCCUUUCCAGUGCCUACAGAGCCAUCUCAAGGGAGAGAAAAACGAGGUAUCAUUCCUGCAGUUUUUGCUAGAGAAAUCAGCGGUUCUCCAAGAAAUGAGCAGAGACGUCUCGAAGGCAACAUCGUUAGUGAAUAUUGAACGAUAUAUAAAAGCUGCUCAAGGACUGCGAAGCCUUUAUAAGGCUUCGCCAUUUGUGCAGAUCGUGAUUUCUUAA